AUGUCGCGUAGGUACGACUCAAGGACGACGACCUUCUCGCCUGAAGGUCGACUGUACCAGGUCGAAUAUGCCAUGGAAGCUAUUUCACAUGCCGGUACGGUGCUUGGCAUUCUCGCAAGUGAUGGCGUCGUGCUGGCAGCUGAGAAGAAGGUGACGAGCAAGCUGCUCGAGCAGGAUAAGAGUAGCGAGAAGAUUUUUCAGCUUAGCGGAAACGUGCUCUCAGGCGUUGCAGGCAUGACUGCCGAUGCAAACUCGCUCGUAAACUAUGCGCGGAAUGCCGCCCAAAAGUAUCUGUUAUCGUAUGACGAAGACAUUCCUGUUGAACAGCUUGUGCAGCGGCUGUGUGACUUGAAGCAGGGCUAUACACAGUUUGGUGGUCUGCGUCCAUUUGGCGUAUCGCUACUGUACGCCGGAUACGAUGCUCACCACGCAUUCCAGCUAUACCAAUCGGACCCAUCCGGCAACUACUCAGGCUGGAAAGCUACGUGCAUUGGCAUGAACAAUGGCACAGCUACGAGUCUUCUGAAGCAAGAAUACAAAGAUACUAUGACAGUCAAGGAUGCCUUGGGCCUGGCAGCACGUGUGCUUAGCAAAACUAUGGACACGACGUCGAUGGAAAGUGACAAGCUGGAAUUCGCCGUACUCAAACGGAAUGAGCGUACAGAUGAGCCACAGCCAUAUAUUUUGUCACCUAGUGAUAUUGACCGUGUUUUACAGCUACACAACCUUGCAAAGCCCGCAGAUGACGCUUCCAUGGCCGUAGAUGCAUAG